AUGGCUACCAUCGCCACCAAGACCGGCCAGAAUGUUGACCGCAACAUCCUGGAGUCAAUGCUCCGCCGUCGCAUGUUCUACACCCCCGCCUUCGAGAUCUACGGUGGUGUGUCGGGUCUUUACGACUAUGGCCCACCUGGAACCGCCCUUGUCGCCAACAUGACCGACCUGUGGCGCAAGCACUUCGUUCUGGAGGAGGACAUGCUGGAGGUCGACACUACUAUGCUCACCCCCCACGAGAUCCUGAAGACCAGCGGGCACGUGGACAAGUUCGCCGACUGGAUGUGCAAGGACCCCAAGACUGGCGAGAUUUUCCGUGCGGACCACCUUGUCGAGGAGGUCCUCGAGGCCCGUCUUAAGGGCGACAAGGAAGCGCGCGGCCAAACGGUUGUGGUUGACGAGGAGAAGGAGGCCAAGAAGAAGAAGAAGUCCAAGGGCGAGAAGAAGGUUGUCAAGUUGGACGAUGCUCUCGUCAAGGAGUACGAGGAGACUCUUGCACAGAUUGAUAACUUCGACGGCCCCGAGCUCGAGAAGAUUAUCGUCAAGUACGAUAUCCGCAACCCCUCCACCGAUGGCCCCGUGCUCCCCCCCGUCGCCUUCAACCUCAUGUUCCAGACCUCUAUCGGUCCCAGCAGCAACAUGCCUGGUUACCUUCGUCCCGAGACUGCGCAGGGUCAAUUCCUGAACUUUGCUAAGCUGCUCGAGUUCAAUCAGCAGUCCAUGCCGUUCGCCUCGGCCUCCAUUGGCAAGUCGUUCCGCAACGAGAUCUCCCCGCGUGCCGGUCUGUUGCGUGUGCGUGAGUUCCUGAUGGCUGAGAUUGAGCACUACGUCGACCCAGAGGGCGGCAAGAAGCACCCCCGCUUCAACGAGGUCAAGGACAUCGAGAUGUCCCUGCUCGACCGUAACGUGCAGCUGUCUGGUAGCACCAAGACCACCAAGAUGACCAUUGGCCACGCCGUGGAGACUGGUCUGGUAGACAACGAAACCCUGGGUUACUUCCUGGGUCGUAUCCAGCUCUUCCUCCUCAAGCUGGGUAUUGACUUCAACAAGCUGCGUUUCCGUCAGCACAUGGCCAACGAGAUGGCUCACUACGCCGCUGACUGCUGGGACGCAGAGCUCCAGACCAGCUACGGCUGGAUCGAGUGUGUUGGCUGUGCCGACCGCAGUGCCUAUGAUUUGACCGUGCACAAGAACAAGACUGGUGCCCCGCUUGUGGUUCGCGAGACCCGCGCUGAGCCUUUGCGCAUCGAGGAGUACCAGAUCGAUCUCGAAAAGAAGAAGUUCGGUCCCCGCUUCAAGAAGGACGCCAAGGCCGUCGAGUCUGCCAUUGAUGCUCUUUCCCAGGAGUUGCGUGAGAAGCUGUCCCUAGAUCUGGAGAAGAACGGCAAGAUUGAGAUUGACGUUGCUGGUGUCGGUUCUGGCAAGGUUGAGCUGGAGAAGGACCUUAUCACGAUUGAGAAGCGCACCCGUGUUGACAAUGUUCGCGAGUACACUCCCAACGUCAUUGAGCCUUCCUUUGGUAUCGGUCGUAUUAUGUACAGCAUGAUCGAGCAUGUCUACUGGUCGCGUGCUGGUGAUGAGAACCGUGGUGUCCUCUCAUUCCCCCCGUCCAUCGCCCCUACCAAGGUGCUGCUGGUCCCUCUGUCCACCAACCCUGCUUUCAAGCCUCUCGUCAAGAGCCUUACUACUAAGCUGCGCCGACUGGGUGUUUCCAACCGUGUGGACGACUCAUCCGCCAGUAUCGGUAAGCGUUACGCUCGUAACGACGAGCUGGGUACCCCCUUCGGUAUCACUGUCGACUUCCAGUCCGUCAAGGACAACACCCUCACCCUGCGUGACCGUGACUCCACCAAGCAGGUGCGUGCCUCCGAGGAGGAGAUCCUGGCGGCUAUCAAGUCUCUCACCGAUGGUGACGAGACCUGGGAGGAUGUUGCCAAGCGUCUGCCCGAGUUCACUGCUCAGGAAGUGGAACUCCCGGCAUCGCCCAAUAUGGUCAUCCGCGCCAAGAAUCCGGGGAAUCGAAACCUCCGAUCAUCCCAGAUCUGUCCUCUUCCUUCUUCAGAACAGAACACUAAAAAGAUGGCACCUACAGUCCACUCUGCAAAGAUCACACUCUCCUGUCCGCUCUUCGCAGCCGAAUUCGACCCACGGAAUAAUGGUCGGUUGCUCGUGGGCGGCGGAGGCGGCGAGGGCCGCAGCGGAGUUGGAAACAAGAUCUCUCUGUUAGAUACGUCACGUCGAAACGAAAUCACGGAGGCUGUUGAGCUGAGCUUGUCGCGCGACGAGGACUCGGUGACGUCGUUGGCUGCGGCGCCGCAGACUGGCGAUGACGAACAUUCACUUGUUGUCCUCGCUGGAAUUAAUAGCUCGGUUGCGGAACAGAAGAAGAAUAAUAACCAGCAUAUGCGCUCAUUCAGAUUCGACGCGCCGCGGAAAGUUCGUUCAACAACUGAAGUGGGGGAACAGGAGGGGGAGGAGAAUAAAGAGCCAGAGGAGAAUGUCAUUCCUGGAAAGACAGAAACACUAUCUCGCGCAUCGCUGUUUCGCUUUAAGAGCGGGACUGAUGCCGGUGAUAGCUAUCAACGCGUGUUGAGGCUGUCACCCUGGAAGAAAACUAAAGCCGACAAGAGCGAACCCAGGGUGGGUGCGAUUACGACUGGACUCGCACCAUCAGGCGAGAUCGUCUUCUUCAGCGCAACGGAUUCUCCUACACAGUCGGAUGUCAUUGGUCGUAUACGUCUGAGCAGCAAUGAGGAAGCAGAGGAUGUGGAUUUUGCUAGUCUUGAGUUCGACCCCGAUCAGACUACCGAUGCCCGUGGCCAGUUCCGUGUCGCGUAUACAAACGGGGUGGAUGUUAUGGUUGGCGAGAUCUCGUCUUCUACUCGUUCCAAUGCUGCCCCGGAUGUUCGCUGCGUCUAUACCAUCCCUCUUCCUAGCAGUGGCCGUGCUGCUCGCCCUAAGUUCCGGGCUCUCCGCUUCCUUUCUCCCACUGCCAUUCUCCUGUUGCAAAAUUCCCCGAACCGCAGCGGAAGUGAGCUGGUUCUCCUACAGCUGCCAAAGACCAAAGAUGUACAGGCCAAGAUUUUGCGUCGCCGCAGGCUUCCCCGAAGUGUGAAGAUCGGCCUCGGCCUCGACGUUUGUGCUCUUGGCACUAACCCAGUCGGUCAACAACAGACCAUCAUUGCCGCCAGCGGCAGCGAUAACUCUAUCACGUUGUGGACAGUUGAAUACGGUCCCAACCGAGGCUACGAAAAGAUCAAGUUAUACACAACACUUCAAGAUGUGCAUCCCUUUUCCAUGACAAAACUGUGCUUCUCAACCUUUAUCGCCCCCGCCCACCCUAUUACCCCAGACGUGCUCCCGCAGAGGGUAAAACUAGCUUCUGUCAGCAUGGGUAACACAGUCGUCGUCCACACCCUCCCACUCUCCCCAUUCCCACCUUCUUCGCGCUACCCUCGCUACACCUUAUCCCUCCCCGGUCCCUCGGAAACAUGGGAACUCCUCACCUACAUCAGCGUCUGUAUCCUAUCAUUCAGCGCAAUCAUCUUUGCCAUUCUCAUCUACAUGGAAAUCCGCGGUGCAACCCCUCCCUACUUCGGUGCCACCGACUGGCUAUCCAACGGGAUCCGCGAAUCCUGGGCUGUCGAAUAUAUCGCUCCAGAGCAGGGCAAAGGAUCCUACUUGGACUACAUUCUCUCUCCAUCCCGCAAGGGCGAGAACCCUCUCGACAAAACACAUUUCCUUCCAAAUCCUCACGCAGAUAUCACCAUCGAGAAAGACGUGCUGGAAAGCCUAAAGGAGAUCCUUGACCGCGUCCACAAGGCCGGCGCUGCUCCCGCUGAUCUGGAGACUCAGGCUCCCCAGUCUUUAUCGGUUAUUGUGCGCUGUAAUUCUCAUGGGAAUGCUGAGGAGAGCGUUCUUAUUGAGACAUCCAACUCUGCGCAUCACCAUCAGCUUUCUGAGAGUGAGCGCUUGCGCUCCUACGAGGAUAUGAGUGUUUCGGAUCAGGCCGUGUGGAAACAGCGACUAACUGAUGCUGGACGCUGGACCGCUAGCGAGGGUGAAACCGUGUUGAAAGGUGUGCUGUUCAGCGAGGCUUGUGGUCAGUUGAGACAGUUUGUCGCGAAUGGUCUGCCUUAG